AUGUACAUGUACUUGUGCUCGCAGCUCGGCUUAACAGCUCCCAGCCCACCACCACCAGCAACAUCACCAUCGUCAACUUCCUCUCCCAGCCCAUCCCAUCCUAUCCCCUCUCCUACCGUCCCCCAAAAGUCGCUCCAUUCGCUCGACCCAAGCUUUCACCCUUUGGUCAUGUCUCUACCCCGGCCGUCUCACCAGGCCGCCCUCCGGCUCGCUCGCCGCCAAUGGAUGCCAUCACCAAACGGCAGCAGCCGCACGUCGCAGCAUGGCCAACGCGGCGUUGCUAGGCUCACGACGCCGCACCAGGCUGCCGCCAUCUCGCGGCUGCCAACCAGCGUUGACGCCUCCUCCGAAGACUUCAAGGCGAACGCGCGCCAGAUGGGUGACGUCGUCGGCCGCAUGGAAGACCUCGUCGGCCGCAUCCAGCGCGGCGGGCCCGACAAGGCGCGCCAGAAGCAUCUCGCCCGCAAGAAGAUGCUGCCUCGGGACCGCGUCACCGCCCUCGUCGACCCCGGCACCACCUUUCUCGAGCUGUCCCCGAUGGCCGGCCAUGAGUUGUACCCCGAGGCCGAGGUGCCCGCCGGCGGAAUCAUCACCGGCGUCGGCGUCGUCGAAGGCGUCACUUGCGUCAUCGUCGCCAACGACAGCACCGUCAAGGGUGGCACCUACUAUCCCAUCACCGUCAAGAAGCACCUGCGCGCCCAGACCGUGGCCCAGGAGAACAAGCUGCCCUGCAUCUACCUCGUCGACUCGGGCGGCGCCAACCUGCCGCACCAGGCCGACGUCUUUCCCGACCAGAACCACUUCGGUCGCAUCUUCUACAACCAGGCACGCAUGUCGUCUCAGGGCAUCCCCCAGAUAUCCGUCGUCAUGGGUCCCUGCACCGCCGGCGGCGCCUACGUGCCGGCCAUGAGCGACGAGGCCAUCAUCGUCGCCGAGCAGGGACACAUCUUCCUCGCCGGCCCACCUCUCGUCAAGGCGGCCACGGGCGAGGUCGUCUCCCACGAGGAUCUCGGCGGUGGCAAGAUGCACUCGUCCGUCUCGGGUGUCACCGACUACCUCGCCGUCGACGACGCCCACGCCAUCGCCCUCGCCCGCCGCUGCGUGAGCAACCUCAACUGGCCGGCCGCCGCCGCCGCCACCGUGCCGUCCGGUGCUUCCGCCGCCGAGCCCUACGCCGAGCCCCUCUACGACCCGGCCGAGCUCCUCGGCAUCGCCGCCACCAACCUCCGCAAGCCGAUGCCGAUCCGCGAGGUCAUCGCCCGCAUCGUCGACGGAUCCCACUUCGCCGAGUUCAAGCGCGACUUCGGCACCACCCUCGUCACCGGCUUCGCCUCCAUCUACGGCCACAAGGUCGGCAUCGUCGCCAACGACGGCAUCCUCUUCGCCUCCUCCUCCGUCAAGGGUGCCCAUUUCGUCGAGCUCUGCACCCAGCGCGGCAUCCCCCUCGUCUUCCUGCAGAACAUCUCCGGCUUCAUGGUGGGCAGCGCCUCGGAGCGUGACGGCAUCGCCAAGCACGGCGCCAAGCUCGUCACCGCCGUCGCCUGCGCCGACGUGCCCAAGUUCACCGUCGUCGUCGGCGGCUCCUACGGCGCCGGCAACUACGGCAUGUGCGGUCGCGCCUACGGGCCCCGCUUCCUCUGGAUGUGGCCCAACGCCCGCAUCGGCGUCAUGGGAGGCGAGCAGCUUGCCGCCGUCAUGGAAACGGUCGGUCAGAAGGUCGACCCCGAGCUCAAGGCGCGCAUCGACCGCGAAAGCGAUGCCACCUACUCGUCCGCUCGACUCUGGGACGAUGGCAUCAUCCCCCCGCAGCACACCCGACGUUACCUAGGCCUCGGCCUCCAGGCGGCCAUGGGAGGGCGCAACGAGAUCAAGGCCGGCGAGACAAAGUAUGGCGUUUUCCGCAUGUAG